AUGGAGAGAGGCGCCUUCGCAUUCACGUCCUCGUCUCCAAUGAACCCGGGUGGUCGAUUACUUUCAUCUGGCUUGGGAUCAGAAUCACACGCAACGGAACCUGCUGUUCACUACGACGAUAGUUUGCGACUCUCCGCAGUUGGUCUCGACGCUGUGUAUCACGUGCGCACUACAAGCGCGUCUGCUGGCCAAAGUGAAAACUCAGCGGACUCGAGAUUCAUAGGGCCAGCGUCCGCCAUACUACGAGCACGAAGGACGGGAGUCUCUGCCUGGAAUAACGGCUCGUCCGUGUACGAAAAGUCUUCGUUCACCCAAUCCGGUUGGCUGGGUCGGACGGCGCCCUCGGAGGAGAGCGCCGAGCCGGACUCGUCCUCGGUGUCGUCGCUUGCUGUAGCGAACACGGUACGCGCUUUGGUGCACCCGCUGUACGUCUCGGCGCUGUCGGGACUGCGUUGGUUGGGCACUUUCCGCGGCGUACAAGCGUUCCGCUCGCGCUUGCUUUCCUAUAAUAUGCUGAACAGUGAUGAGGCUGUUGAGCGGGCGGUUACAACCUGCUGUGCGCAAGCUGGUUGCGAGCCGGUCACGCCCACGCUGAAAUCAACAACCUCUGUGGAUCGCGAGCUGCGCGCACUCAUCAACAAACUGUUUGUGCGCCACCUGUCUAACGACGGGCGCUGGGUAGACUAUCAAGCACUAAUGCUGGACAAGGACUUUGUCAAUUUUGUGAGUCUGACGCGUGGCCUCCGAGACCUGGACGUUCUCGAGAUGAGCCGAGCGCGCCGCCUCGCGUUUUUCCUCAAUAUAUAUAAUGCGCUCCUUAUCCAUGCGAUAACGAUCCUGGGCCGACCACGUAGCUUCGUUGCACGCUUCCGAUUCUUCCAGACUGCUUCGUACUGUAUAGGCGGUCAUUUGUACAGCUUGAAUGAUAUCGAGAAUGGCGUUUUACGAGGGAAUCGGGCACCUCCGUAUCCUUUUGCUUCGAAACCUUUCGGCGAGCUUGGCUCUGGCGACAUUAGAGCACAAGCGAUGAUCACUGGCGGCGAUCCGCGCAUCCAUUUUGGCCUCAAUUGUGGGGCGCGCUCGUGUCCGCCCAUUCGGGCUUACGACGAGUCUAACGUGGACCAGGCGCUGGAGGCUGCCACCGCGAACUUUAUACGGGACAACGUGAAAAUAGUCUCCGAGAAUCAUGUUGAACUCAGUCGAAUUUUCUUAUGGUACGCAUCAGACUUUGGAUCAAACGUGAUCUGGUGGAUUCUCAAACACUGGCCCCUGAAAACCGAAGAGGAUAUGCAGAACUACCGACGAAUUGUACAAUGGGUAGAGAGCGGCCAACUCCGUAUCACGUAUUCAAAGUAUGAUUGGGCUUUGAACGAGGUCACCGAGAAUGAGCGCUGA